CUCGAGCACAAGUUCAUAUCAUCUAUUCAUUGGAGUCAGAGACAACAGAGACAGAGCGAGUUUCCGAGACAUCCUGUGUCAUCAUCUGAACAAACUCUGAUGGGAGAUGUGGCAAAGGACCUAACUGCUGGGACUAUUGGGGGGGUGGCGCAAUUAAUAGUUGGCCACCCAUUUGACACCAUCAAGGUCAAGCUCCAAAGCCAGCCUACACCCCUCCCGGGCCAGCUUCCCAGGUAUUCUGGUGCAAUUGAUGCUGUCAAACAGACAGUGGCAGCUGAAGGUCCAAGGGGUUUAUACAAGGGUAUGGGUGCCCCACUUGCCACAGUAGCAGCAUUCAAUGCUGUUCUGUUUUCAGUUAGGGGGCAAAUGGAAGCAUUACUGAGGUCGCAUCCUGGUGCUACUCUCACAGUAAAUCAGCAGGUUGUCUGUGGAGCUGGAGCUGGAAUUGCCGUUUCGUUUCUAGCUUGCCCUACUGAAUUGAUCAAAUGCAGAUUGCAAGCACAAAGUGUAUUAGCUGGCAGUGGAGCAGCUACCGUGGCAGUGAAAUAUGGGGGACCCAUGGAUGUAGCCAGGCAAGUUCUCAGGUCAGAAGGGGGCGUAAGAGGUCUGUUCAAGGGCAUGGUUCCCACUAUGGCUCGUGAAGUACCUGGAAAUGCUGCAUUGUUUGGUGUAUAUGAAGCACUAAAGCAAUUACUUGCUGGUGGCACUGAUACUUCGGGACUGGAUAGAGGUUCUCUGUUGCUUGCUGGAGGCUUGGCUGGAGCUGCGUACUGGCUCGCAGUUUACCCAACUGAUGUUGUCAAGAGUGUGAUUCAAAUAGAUGAUUACAAAAACCCGAAGUUCUCUGGUUCAAUUGAUGCUUUCAGAAGAAUUUCAGCUACUGAGGGGUUCAAAGGCCUAUAUAAGGGUUUUGGUCCAGCAAUGGCCCGAAGUGUUCCUGCUAAUGCAGCUUGCUUCUUGGCAUAUGAGAUGACAAGAUCAGCUCUUGCAUGAUUAAUUCAUACAGAAACACUGAUAGCAGCGGUGCCAUUGAGUGACCAUGUUUCCUUUUCUUUUAAAUUCCUAAAACAUUUUCAUUUCAUGCAUUGCAAUUGCAAUAUGGCCACAAAAGGCUUAACUUGUUAUUGAUUCAGGGAAUCGUUCUUUCAUCCGUGGUUAUGCAGCAGCACUUUAUUUCAGAAUCAA